UUCUUCUUUUUUUUUUUUUUUUCUUUUCUUUCUUUUUAUUGCACUACAUGUUUGGGAAACAAGACAAAAUGGACGUUAGAUGCAGCACAGAGACUGAAGCUAAUCGGGUCUCGAAGAACGGACACAAGGAGGGCAAGGACAGCAAAGGGGCUGAAGGAAAUAUCUCUACUUCUUUUCUGAAGGAGCAACAAGGGACUUUUUCUGCCUCCGCAGCUACCGAAGACUGUAACAAAACUAAAUCUGGUUCGGCGGACCCGGACUACUGCAGGAGGAUCCUGGUUAGAGAUGCCAAAGGUUCCAUCCGAGAGAUCAUCCUGCCCAAAGGCCUCGAUUUGGACCGUCCCAAGCGGACCCGCACCUCCUUCACUGCCGAGCAGCUCUACCGCCUGGAGAUGGAGUUCCAGCGGUGCCAGUACGUGGUGGGGCGGGAGCGCACCGAGCUGGCACGGCAACUCAACCUCUCCGAGACUCAGGUAAAGGUGUGGUUCCAGAACCGACGCACCAAGCAGAAAAAGGACCAGGGCAAAGACUCGGAGCUGCGUUCGGUUGUAUCCGAGACCGCCGCCACCUGCAGCGUCCUGCGGCUGCUGGAGCAGGGCCGCCUGCUCUCCCCACCGGGGCUGCCCGGCCUCCUGCCGCCCUGUGCCAGCGGAGCGCUGGGCUCGGCGCUGCGGGGCCCCGGCCUGGCUGCGGGCAGCGGCACUGCGGCGGCGGCGGCGGCGGCGGCGGCUCCUGCCGGGGGAUCCCCGCACCCCCCGAGCGCCGGCACCGCGGCGGGGCCGCCCCCUCCGGCAGCGCUGCACGGAGCGGCCGCCGCCGCCGCCGGGCACGGGCUGUUCGGGCUGCCGGUGCCCACGCUGCUGGGCUCGGUGGCGGGGCGGCUCUCCUCCGCACCGCUGGCCGUGGCGGGUUCGCUGGCGGGGAACUUGCAGGAACUGUCGGCCCGCUACCUGAGCUCGUCCGCCUUCGAGCCCUACUCCCGGACCAACAAUAAAGAAAGCGCUGAGAAAAAAGCACUGGACUGACUCGAAGUAACUUCCCCGUAUUUAUAUUUAUAGUAUCUAUUUGUGGCGAUAUUUAUGCCCCCCCCCUCCCUCCGUCCCUCUCUGUGAGGCUCCUUCAGAGGGCCGGGGCGGAGCGGGGACCCCGCAGCCCCCGCCUGGCCGGGAGCGUCCGUCCGUCCGUCCGUCCGUCCACCCGGGGUUGUCUGUCCGUGCGUUCGUCCGCUUUGGUAGGAAAGGGAGAGCGUACGGGGCGCUCGAUGCCCGGAGACGAUUCGGGGAGAGGAGCUGCCAGGUGAUGCCCGGGUUGUUUUCUUUUGCUUUUUUUUUUUUUCUUUUUCUUUAUUUCUUUUUUUUUUUUCUUUCUUUCUUUUCCCCCCCGGACUUCAGUGACUUAAGCACAAAGGUUUGGCUUUACACACCCCGUCACGGCACCGCUGCCCGGCCCUGGCCGCAGCCGGGCGCUUCCCGGGGGUCGUUCCUCUCUACGGUCGAUCCCCGCUGCGGACGGAGCGCUCCGAGCCCGGUGGGACUCAGCCCCGCGCCGAGCUCAGCCCACGGGCUGCAGCAACGCCCUUUUUGCCUUCCGCCCCGCUCUGCUAAACGAGUCCGCGUAGGGAGAACGGAAUCGCGACUCGAUUUGCACCCAGAUCCGUUGCGAUGGUCGAUUUUUUUUCCCCCUUUCUAUUUGAUUUGAUUUUUUUUCUUUUUUUUUUCUUUUUUUUUUUUUUCUCCCACACAAUUUCAGUGCGCAUCACAAAGCCGUCAGCGUUCUUCCUCCUAAAUAACCCUCUCGGAUAUCGCUCACACUUCAAUUAAAACGAACGUAAAACAUACAAAGCUCAUCUUUGGUUGUUAUUUUUGUACUUUAAGAUACAUCUCUGUAACGGCCUUAUCCCCACCGCUUCCCGCUGCUGUUUUCUCCACCACCGCGUGUAUCCCACCGGCUACAUCCCGCAUCGAUCUCCCGUUCGAUUCCAGUACUUGAAUUUGCCAGAAAAGGGAUUCUGUAUUUACUUAAUUCUUCGGGAAAAUAAUAAUAAUAAUAAUAUUCCUUUGCUUUGGUUUGAAGUUUCUUUCUCUAAACUUUAACACAUGGCGUUUACAAACUGUAUAAAUGCGUGCCACCAAACUGUAACCAAAAAAAAACAACAAACCCAGACUGACAACGAGUGGAACGGUUUCUGUAGUGCAUAGAAUUAAUAAUAGACCAGAAGUGGACAGAAGGAGCUGGACAGAAAGAAAAUAGUAAUUUUAUUGUAAAUUAUUGACGUCGGAAGUCUCUAGGCAACUAGUCGGGAAAUACGGAACGAACCGAGCGCUGAGCCCUUGCUACUAACUUUUGUUCUGAAUGUUUUGGAUAUUUGGAUGUUUUGUAUUUAUGUGGUGAGAGUGAAAUAUAUUAUAUCUAUAUGACGACGGAA